AUAUGUAGAUCGCAUUAUUCGUCGUUGCCAGUCAACCGAACCUCGUUGUACUAUCAUACUAAAUUAAAAAUAAGUACGCAUAUGAAUUUAGAGAUAAUACUACAGUUGGACUACAGCGAUACGUCGGACGUUCACUUAUAGGAAAUGCGUAUCAGUCCAGUAUUAAACCCAGGGCCGUGCAGUUAGAAACAUGCGUAUCCUCGGCAUCUUAGCUGCUGUCGCCUGCUUUCAAUUGGGCGUUUGGGCGUGUGAGCCCAAUCAGGCUCAGAAUGGGUGCAAAAUAUACGGUAACUCGUGCAGUUGUGGUUACGGUUGUAAAACUGAGUACAUUUAUAGGACAAGACGUUCUUGUUUGAAUGCACUAAGAGAGAGAAGUUCAAACAUAUGCUCUCGUACGCCUUGCAUUCGUGGCAUAUGCACGCAGACAAUCCAGGAUCCCGGAUUCACUUGUAAAUGCGAAGGCACCGGGUAUUAUGGAAAAAGAUGUGAAAGAAGUAAGUAUAUUUUUUAUUCAAGCUGUCUCUGUCUGGCGGUCUAUACAAUGUCAAUGAGCGCACCGUUAGUCGUCAAAUUAAUCUUUAACAAGUGAAUACCACUACCACAUUAAAUCAAGAAUUCUCAAUCAAUCAAUAAACAGCCUGUCUAUAUAACUUUUUUAUUAUUAUGACUACUUAAAUGGAUGAACGAGCUCACAGCCCACCUGGUGUUAAGUGGUUACUGGAGCCUAUUGACAUCUAUAACGUAAAUGCGCCACCCACCUUGAGAUAUCAGUUCUAAGGUCUCAAGUAUAAUUACAAUGGCUGCCCCACCCUUCAAACCGAAACGCAUUACUAUUUCACGGCACAAAUAGGCAGGGUGGUGGUACUUACCCGUGCGGACUCACAAUAGGUCCUACCACCAGUAAUUACGCAAAUUAUAAUUUUGCGGGUUUGAUUUUUAUUACACGAUGUUAUUCUUUCAGCGUGAAAGUCAAUCGUGAACGUGAAUUGAGUACGUAUUUCAUUAGAAAAAUUUGUACCCGCAUGGGAUUCGAACAACGGUGCAUCGCUAUAUACGAAUGCACCAGACGUCUUAUCCUUUAGGCUACGACGACUUCAAACAUACCAAUCGACUUAACUACACCUACAUUCUCACUUCUUCUUCUAUAUCGUUCCCUCACUGCUGAGGAUUGCGACCAGAUGUGACGUUCCUCCUCAGUGUUCGAUCAUGGAUGGCAUUGACCGCAUGGUACAGACUACCGCCAAGUGCUUCCUUUACUAGAUCUGACCAUUUGGCCGGUGUCCUGCUCACGGUACGCUUGCCCUGUAUGCGACCCGAAAUUAUAAGCUUCUCUAAUUCAUAUUAAUUCAUACAUUCUCACUUAUCACUACUCAAAAUAUCUGAAAAAGGUCAGUGGAGGAGCUAGGAAUGAAACUAAGUCGAACAUAUUAACACUACAUAAGGAAAUUGUAAGAGUAACUGAAGCACUAGUAUCUUCUGAAUAAAGCUAGUAUUUUGACAAACAGUAUACCUAAUCUGUUUUGAUACCAGUAUACAUAAUCUUUUAGAUUGAAUGACCAUGUAUCAAUACAUUUUACGUUAUAAGUAUUUAAUGGCGAUUACGUUGUAAUAUUUUUUCAAUUGUUUUGACAAUUUAGGUAGGUCUUUUAGAAAAUAAUUACUGACUAGUGAUUCUUCUCCAUCAACAUCAUAUUAUUGUUAAAAUACAGCUUGAGUUUUGUUUUCAAAUUGAUUUAGGGUCGAAUCUUCAAAAAACAGUCCUAUAAAACAUUGUGUUUGAUCGAAACUUUAUGCCGUUAUUUUAUAUAAAUACAUGUUUUUUUUUCUUUUCCAGUCUGUCCAGCUACAGCAAUACCAGGCACGUUCUUCCCACAUGAGUGCAUCGUUAUCUAACAAUGAUUGAAAUGAGAUUCCAAUAUUUCUUUUUUUUUUAAAGUAAAUAUGAAAAAUAAAAUAAUUUUUCAUAACAAUAUUUUUAUAAUAUUCAUAUUGACAUUGUGUAUUAUACGCAAUAUAAUAAUAUUUACUGUUAAUUGAAAUUUGUUGUACCCAACACAACUUUGCGAAACACAAUUAGGUAUGUAAAAAAUAAGAUUUUGAUUCUAUGAAUAAAAAUGAAACAUUUUAAAUAAAUAAUAAAUUUA